AUGACGGCUCUUGAUGCCCUAAAGGAGGACAUUCUUGACGUUUUCCAAGUCUUUGAUGAGGACGGCUCCGGUAGUAUUUCGAUGCAGGAGCUGACACGUGCGCUCCACACUAUUACGGGUAUUCGGUUGUCACGCGUUGAUCUUCGCCUGCUCAUCCAAGCCGCACAGGAGGACCUGGCAGAGGAGGCGAGUGCAAAGAAAGUGCAGGAUGGCGGAGAGGUUUUAACUGAAAAACCCGUGGAUGGUGCCAAGGCGCAGGAGGCAAGCACCGAGCAGGAUGCUGUGGACUCCACGCUGUUCGUGGCAGUGGUGCUGAAGACGUUGAAUAGGCGGACUUAUGAGCAGGAGUUGCUCUUUACGUUUCACUUGCUAGAAGACAAGAACUAUCCAGGGUUUAUAACAAAGGAGAGUCUUAAGAAUGCUGCGGCAGAAAUGGAAGAGCGUUUGACUGACCAGGAGGUGGAUGAGAUGUUUGACACGCUAGUGACAGGAGUACCAACCGCAGCAGUAGACCUCGCGACGUUCACCUCCGUUCUGGAGGCGGCGCGGAAGUCGGAUUACUGA